AUGCAGCAGCAACAGCACCAGAUACAGCAGCAACAGCAGCAGAUGCUGCUACUGCAGCAGCAGGAACUAAAACAGCAGCAACAGCAGCAGCAGCAGCAGCAGCAGCAGCAGCAGCAGCAGCAGCAGAUGUUAUAUCAGCAAAUGCAGCCACAGAUGCAAGAAGCGCUGCAGCAGCAACUGCAGCAGCAACUGCUGCAGCACUACCAGCAGCAACAGCUGCAGCAGCAGCAGCAGCAGCAGCAGCAACUACAACUGCAACAGCAGCACCAGCAAAUACAACUGCAGCAGCAGCAACUACAAAUCCAGCAGCAGCAGCCGCACCUGCAGCAGCAGCAGCAGCAGCAGCAGCAGCAAGAACUAACACAACAACUGACACAGCAACAGCAGCACCAGCAACUGCUGCGGCAGCACCAGCAGCUCCAACAGCAGCUGCUGCAAGCACAGCUGCAGCAACUUCUACAGCAGCAGCAACAGCAGCAGCAGCAGCAGCAGCAGCAGCAGCAGCAACUACAACUGCAGCAGCAGCAGCCGCAACAGCAGCAGGAAGCAGCUGACAUAAACUACCCCAUCGAGCCCCGGGGUUUGGAGCAGCAGCAGCAGCAGCAGCAGCAGCAAGACCAGCAGCAGCAGCAAGACAAGCAGCAGCAGCAGCAGCAAGACAAGCAGCAGCAGCAGCAAGACGAGCAGCAGCAGCAGCACGACAAGCAGCAGCAGCAGCAGGAAGAGCAGCAGCAGCAGCAAGACAAGCAGCAGCAGCAGCAGCAAGACGAGCAGCAGCAGCAGCACGACAAGCAGCAGCAGCAGCAGGAAGAGCAGCAGCAGCAGCAAGACAAGCAGCAGCAGCAGCAGGAAGCAUCCCCUUCUGCUUCACCUUCCCCCCGUCGUUUAGCUGCAAUGCCUUUACCUCUCAGCAGCAGCAGCAGCAGCAGCAACAGCAGCAGCAGCAGCAGCAGCAGCAACAGCACCUUGCGCAGCAGACGCGACCGAGCCCGUGUUCGUGCUGUUGUGAUGAGUGAAGCUGAAGCAGCAUUUGCCCCGCAGCUAAGCAGCAGCAGCAGCAGCAGCAGCAGCAGCAGCAGCGGCGGGAGCAGCAGCAGCAGCAGCAGCGGGAGAAGAAGCAGCAACAGAGGUAGUCGAGAGAUAAGAGCGGAUGGUUCUGUAUCUGGCUCAACAACAGCAGCAGCAGCAGCAGCAGCAGCAGCAGCAGCAUUGAUAGGUGGGGGAGGAGGAGAUAUACAGCUGCUGCUGCAGCGGCUGGUUGCUGCUCCUUCUUGUGUACUUGUUGGGGUUAGGAUAACUGGGCUUCCUGCUGCUAUAGAUAGACGCAGCAGCAUGAGUGCAUGUCAAGCAUCAUGCCGUGCUGCUCAGCAGCUAGCAGCAGCAGCAGCAGCAGCAGCAGCAGCAGCAGAUGCAGCAGCAAUAGAAAAAAUAAAACAUGUACCACAACCCUGCCACUUUAUAUCUUUUAAUAUUAAAAAUAAUUUUUGUUAUAAAUUUGUUUCUCUCGCGCUCACACAAACAGCAGCAACAUAUAUCUCUACUAGCGCCAAUUGUCCUAUUUCUGCUGCUGUUGCUGCUGCUGCUGCUGCUGCUGCUGCUGCUGCUGAUACAAAUUCACAGGCGACAACACUCAAUGAGGGUGCUGCGUCCAGCACGCAGCAGCAGCAAAUGAUGCUCAUGCAAAUGCAACAGCAACAGCAGCAGCAGCAGCAGCAGAUGCAGCAGCAGCUACAACUGCAGCAGCAGCAGCAGCAGCAGCAGAUGAUGAUGAUGAUGCAGCAGCAGCAGCAAGACCCAAUGCUUGAAGGCAACGCUCAUGAUGUUGUAGGGGAACUAUUUAACUUUCUUUUUCCGGCUGCUGCUGCAGCAGAAACGCAGCUGCUGCUCUCUGAAGCUGCACAUACACCCCAACUCGGAGGAAAUGCUGCAGCAGAAGCAGCAGCAGCAGCAGCAGCAGCAGCAGCAAAAGCAGCAGCAGGACAAGCAGCAGCAGACACUGCAGCAACACGCCCUCAUACAUCCCUCCUAGAUAGGCAGCCUCCCCCACAGCUACAGCAGCAGCAGCUGCUGCUGCAGCAGCAGCAGCAGCAGCAGCCGCUUGAUUUUGCUGCUGCUCUUGCAGCAGCAGGUGCCCCCACGUAUCUCUACCCUACAGCAGCAGCAGCACCAACAGCAGCAGCAGCAGCAACAGCAGCAACAGCAGCUGAGCUGCAGCAGCUGCAGCAGCAGCAGCAGCAGCAGCAGCAGCAGCAGCAAAACCUAUAUUUGGGGGGACAGCAAACGCCCUCCUCUCCCUGGCUGUCUCUGCAGCAGCUGCAGCAGCUGGAGCAGCAGCUGACGCAGCAGCAGCAGCAGCAGCAGCAAGCAGAACUGCAGCAGCAACAACAACAGCUGUUGCAGCACCAGCUACUGCAGCAACAACUGCUGCAGCAACAGCAGCAGAUAGAGCAGCAGCUGCAGCAGCAGCAGCAGCAACAGCAGCAGCAGCAUGGGGCCCCCAUCAGCACCCCACCUAUCUUCUCCGUACAAGCCGAGGGGCCCCCAGACCCUCCCGAGGGGCCCCCGGGGGGCCCCCUUGUAUCAGCAGUUGAUGAUGAGGAGGCAGCAGCAGCAGCAACAGCAGCAGCAGCAGCAGCAGCAGCAGACAGACAGUCUGAGCGAGGGAGAGGGAGCUCAACAGACACCGCAGCAGCAGCAACUGCUGCUGCAGCAGAAGAAGAAACUGCUGCUGCAGCAAAAGCAGCAGCAAAAGACGCAACAGCAACAGAAGGAGAAACAGAAGCAGCAACUGCUGCUGCAGCAGAAGCAGCAACCGCAACUGAAGAGGAAGCAACAGAUGCUGCUGCUGCAGCAACUGCUGCUGCAGCAACUGCUGCUGCAGCAGAUGCAGCAGCAGCAUCAGAAGAGGCCGUAGGAGAAGCAGCACUGGAGGGGCAGGAAGACCCAGAGCUGCAUGCGCAGCAGCAGCAGCAGCAGCAGCAGCAGCAGCAGUAUGAAGAGCAGCAGCAGCAGCAGUAUGAAGAGCAGCAGCAGCAGCAGCAGCAGCAGCAGCAGCAGCAGUAUGAAGAGCAGCAGCAGCAGCAGCAGCACGAAGAGCAGCAGCAGCUGCAGCUACAGGACGCCCUUUAUAAUCCUAAGAAGGAGAAGCAGCAGCAGCAGGUGGAGGGUGCGGCUGCUUGGGAGCGGAAGAAGCAGCAGCAGCAGCAGCAGCAGCAACUGCAGCAGCAACUGCUGCAGCAGCAGCAGCAACAACAACUGCAACAACAGCAACUGCACGAGGCACAGCUGCAGCAGCAACGGCUGCAGCAGCAGCAGCAUCUGCUGCAGCAGCAAAAGCUCCAAGAGGAGCAGCUGCGCCAGCAGCAGCAGCAGCAGCAGCAGCAGCAGGAAGAAGAGAAGCGGCAGCAGGAGAUACGGCAGAAGCACCUGCAGCACGUGAUGCAGCUUCUUGCUGAGCAGCCAAUGCAGCUGGAGCAGCAGCAGCAGCAGCAGCAGCAGCAGCAGCAGCAAGAGGACCCGUACUCGUUUCAUCAGGAUAUCCACGACCAGCAGCAGCUGCUACAGCCUCAGCCACAGCAGCAGUUGCUGCAACAGCAGCUGCUGCAGCAGCAACUGCUGCUGCAGCAAGGUGGAGAGCAGCAGCAAUAUCCGCAGCAGCAGCAGCAGCAGCAACAGCAGCAGCAGCACUAUCAAUUCCUCAGUCCAUCACUUCUAGACCAAGUCACACUACCUUCUUACGACAUGCAGCAGCAGCAGCAGCAGCAGCAACAGCAACUGCAGCAGCAACUGCAGCAGCAGCAGCAGCAGCAGCAGCAGCAGCAGCAGUUGCUUCCUGUUUCUGUUCCCCUCGGUACCGGUCGGGAUGACGCAGCGCUGGAUCGGGGCUUCAUGCAGACCCCUUCAGCAGCAGCAGCAGCAGCAGCAGCUGCAGCAGCAGCAGCAGCAGCAGCAGCAGCAGCAUCUAACAGCAGCAGCAGCAGUACGCCGCAAUACCCUAUAUACAGCGAGCAGCAGCAGCAACCGCAGCAGCAACCGCAGCAGCAACCGCAGCAGCAGCAGCAGCAGUCUCCGCUGCAGCUGGUGCAGCAGCAGCAGCAGGACGAGGCGAACCUGCAGCAGCAGCUGCAACGGCUGGAAGAGCUGCUGCAGCGGCACCAGCAGCAGCAGCAGCAGCAGCAGCCGUCUGCUCUGCUGCCGGAGACAUAUCCUCAGCUGCAGCAGCUGCAGCAGCAGCUGCAGCAGCUGCAGCAGCUGCAGCAACUGCAGCAGCUGCAGCAACUGCAGCAACUGCAGCAACUGCAGCAAGCAGACAACUCCUUGCUGCUAUCUCCUCUGUCUCCCUCUGAACAGCAGCAGCAACCGCAGCAGCAGCAGCAGCAGCAGCAGCAGCAGCAGAAGCCGCAGCAUCAGUCUCAGCGACAACGCCAGCAGCUGCUGCAGCAACGCGUGCAGCAGCACCUGCACCAGGAGCAGCAGCAGCAGCUGCAGCAGCACAUACAGCAGCAAGCGCAACCAAAGCAGCAACAGCAGCAGCAGCAACUGGUGCAGCAGCAGCAGAACCCUGACGACAGCGAUCAGCAGCAGCAGCAGCAGCCUUUAGUAAGCGCAAUAGAAGCAGCAGCAAUAGCUAUUCUAGCAGCAAAUAGUAUAAUAAAAACAGGAGACAAGAUGAUGGAGACAAUGCCUAUAGAAGAAAUAUAUAAUAUAUAUAAACAACUACAAACCACUGAUUUCUUUAGAGCUAGAGAUAUACAAAUACUAGGGUCUAGGGCCCCAUUCAUAUACAGCAGCAGCAGCAGCAACAGCAGCAGCAGCAGCAGCAGCAGCAGCAGCAAACAGCACCUUAUACCCCCACCAGGAGCAGGCAAACCCUCCGUUUUAUGCACACAAAAAGGAAUGACCUGCUGCGUACCUGAAACUGCUGUACUCAAUUGGAGAGAACAAUUGUAA